GGUGCGGGCGAGCGCGGGGCCGGGGCCGGGUAUGCGCGGGCCUGGGCGGGCGGGCAGCCCCGGCGCACAGCCGCGGCCGGGCGCGCGGCGCGGGGCGGAAAAGCCUGUUUACACAGACUGCACACCGCCUGGGGAAUAAUGCAGUAAAGGAAGUGAGCCGGCUCGGCCCGACUGCUCCAACUUCCUGCUCUCACACACAGGAGGCAAAAAAAAAAAAAAAAAAAAGGAGCGAGAGAAAGAAAAAAAAAAAACAGGGGGGGAAAAAUCAGGAUCUCAUUACAAGAGCCACAGACCGUCUGCAGACGCCUGUCAGCAUGGAAAGUCGGGGGCUUUCGCCCGGUUCCUCCUAGAAACUCCCCCCCGAAGAAGGAUCUUGAGAGCUCCCCCACAUCUGGGCAUGGAGAGUGCAAUCACGCUGUGGCAGUUCCUGUUGCAGUUACUGCUGGACCAGAAACAUGAGCAUCUGAUCUGCUGGACUUCCAACGAUGGUGAAUUCAAGCUCCUCAAAGCAGAAGAAGUGGCCAAACUGUGGGGACUCCGAAAAAACAAAACAAACAUGAACUAUGAUAAGUUGAGCAGAGCCCUGCGAUACUAUUAUGACAAGAACAUCAUCAAGAAGGUGAUUGGGCAGAAGUUCGUGUACAAGUUCGUCUCCUUCCCGGAGAUCCUGAAAAUGGACCCCCACUCGGUGGAGCUCAGCCGCGAGGGCCUCUUGCUGCAGGACAGCGACUGCAAGGUGUCCCCCGAGGCCCGCGAUGUGCACCGGCACGGCUUGUCCGCCCUCAAGAGCGCCAGCCGCAACGAGUACAUCCACUCGGGGCUCUACUCGUCCUUCACCAUCAACUCCCUGCAGAACCCGCCCGAGCCCUUCAAGGCCAUCAAGACGGAGAAGCUGGAGGAGCAGCCCGAGGACGGGCCCCCCGUGGAGGAAGUCAGGACUGUCAUUAGGUUUGUGACCAAUAAAACCGACAAGCACACCAGCAGGCCCGUGGUGUCCCUGCCCUCCACCUCGGAGGCCUUCCUGGCCUCGUCCGUCUCGGCCAAGAUCUCCUCGCUCAUGUUGCCAAAUGCCGCCAGCAUCUCGUCCUCCACCUCGCCCGCGUCCUCGCGCUCCCCCUCCUUGUCCCCCCACUCGCCCCUCCCGCCCGAACACCGGAGCCUCUUCCUGGAGGCUGCCUGCCAGGACUCAGAUUCCCUAGAGCCCUUGAACCUCUCCGCAGGCUCCAAGAGCAGGUCUCCAUCUCUUCCCCCCAAGGCCAAAAAACCCAAAGGCUUGGAAAUCUCGGCGCCCCCGCUGGUGCUCUCUGGCACCGACAUUGGCUCCAUCGCCCUUAACAGCCCGGCUCUGCCCUCUGGCUCCCUCACCCCGGCCUUCUUCACUGCCCAGACACCCAACGGAUUGCUCCUGACCCCGAGCCCACUGCUGUCCAGCAUACACUUCUGGAGCAGCCUCAGUCCAGUUGCUCCUCUCAGCCCUGCCAGGCUGCAAGGGCCAAACACGCUGUUCCAGUUCCCAACCCUGCUCAACGGCCAUAUGCCAGUGCCGAUCCCCAGUCUGGACAGAGCUGCUUCUCCAGUCCUGCUUUCUUCCAAUUCUCAGAAAUCCUGAUGACAUCUGGCCACAAUGAAAGACUCAUUCGCUGAUGAAACAAAAGUUGUCCUCAUGGGCUGGUUUACCUGUGUCAUGAGAAGGACAUUGUGAAACCCUCUGUUAAUUUGGUUUGCACUUUUCAUAACUUGGAUGGUCAAGAUUUAUGUUAGCAUUUUAAAAACAUUUUUUAUAUUCAAGUAUAUAUGAAAUCUGUUUUGCAUUAAAUGAAUUUUAAUUUUUUUUAUAUCCUUAGCUCUUAAGUGUUGAACACUGUUGACAGUGAAGAACUUUUCUUAAUAAUUUUCAGUCUAACUAAUAAGGAUGUGAAGUUUUUUUCUUCUUUAAUCCUGCAUAUGCUGAACUGUGCUUCUAUACACUAUAACCAGCUGUGCCUUCCUUGCAUUUAGUUUUAUGUAAAUGAUUUAUAUGUUUUUAGUACUAAGAGAAAAUGUUUGAGAGAGAAAAAUUAGCAUCAAACAGCUCUCUUGUAGAAUUUUGUUAUUUUUCACAAGUAGGCAAUAUGAAAGCAUAGUCAUAUUACGUUUGCUUUUUUGCUUUCAGUUGUAUAAGAAUUGCCUUAGAACUGAAAUUCAGUAAAUGUAAUGUCCGCAUAAUAUUUUUAUAAGAAUAAACUAAGCCAUAGACAAUAAACACAAAAAAUGUUUUAAAGUGCGUUUUUUACAGAAGACUAGAACCCUGGAAUGGCUAGCCUUCUAAUCUUAAUGAUCAUUUAGGCUUUACCAGAAUAGAAACUUGAGAAAGGCUACAUUAAACUUAAUCUGUCCUAUGCUCCUGGAGAACUGUUCCUGAGGUUAACAUAAUCUUUCAAAGAAUUAGCCCCAGUUCUCCCAAAUUUCCAUACAGAAUCACACCCCUCUGGCUCAUUUAAUGCACUAUUAUGUAGGGUGUCUCUAAACACUUGAAACUGUAAUUAACACGAAAAUUGCAUACUUUGGAAGAAGCUCCAGAUUGGUGAUGAUUAGCAACAGCAAAGAAACAGAAACAGUAUUGUUACUCAUAUAUCUUCAGUGUGGUACAGCCUUUCUUGAGUACUAAAAGGCAGGAUACAAUACUUUAUGUAUUACUGAAUUUGUGGUAAGAAUGAAGGAAAUCGAUAAAACGUAUGAAGAACGUCAAGCACUUCAUCAGUGUAAAACAACUGAUCUUACAGUAAUUUGGAAUACUCAGAAGUAAAUUCUCUGUAGUUUAGAGCAGUGGUAUUUCACAAAAAAUUAAUCUGUAACUUCAAAAUAAAAGUAGGCACCAUUCAUAGGUGUCAUUUUGUACAUAACAAUUAUAAAGAGCCCUGUGCUUUCAAGAUUAAGCUAGUCAUUAUUUUUUAACACAAGUAACAAAACCUGAUUUGAAUGUGGUUAGGAAAUUUAUCUAACCCAGGUAUUAAAUGGCAGGGGUUAUUACGGGGGUAAAAAUAAAGGAAUUUAAACACAGGAAUUUAAAAAAAUAUGUAAAAUUUUCUUAUGAUAACCUACAAAUUUUGAAGUAGGAACGGAACAUUCUCUGUGUAGGGAUAUAUGCACCUAUGGGGCUGGGGGGAGGGCAGGAGGUGGGGAAGCCAAGCACUGCUAUGCAUUUUUGACUUACUAAAAUAAUUGGGGGCUGAUUACAAAAUCUACAAAUAGAAAUCACUUGCUGCUCCCUCAUAGACUAUGGAUAAUUCUUUACUGAAAGAGUAGUGAGCAAGUAAGAUAUCUGAGCUAAAAGGAUCCGUUAACAACACAUAAGCCCCCAGCCCCACUGCCACCAUCACUAUUUCCAAUUAAGGACAAGUGUACAAAAGCUGGGACUUGCCUUAGGCCACACAGCUCACUGAAAGUAAAACAAUGCUUGGUGCUCAAUCCAGUUCUGUUUCCCCACGCUUAGCUAAAAGUAACUACUGAUCCAAAACUGUUAGGGAAAAUUAGGGAAAAUAGAGCAUUAAAAACCAGGUCAGAUAAGAGAAGAAAGCAUCAGAAAUACAAGAUUCUUAGAGAAACUAAAGGAAGUUAACUGAUGUGCAAAUAUCUCAACCAAAAAUACAUCAUUGUAACUGCUGAUAGAAAAUACCGAAAUAAUUUUAAAUCUGAGUCUUGAAUUCCUUUCCACCAAAAUACUAUGACUAAUGUAUGUAUUCGCUAGCUCUAUCAGACACUGAAGAAAUAUUUCCGAUGGAUCAAAAAAGUCACUGUAACAGAACUGGAGGCUUUGAAAUAUAACAUAACUGCCUCAUUCUGUGUGUGUGGUUUUAACAACUUUUAACAAUGAAAACAGAUUUCAAGAAUAUAUUAAAGUAAAAAAAAUACAUGUCUGCUUGAUCAGUGUUAAACUGCUAUGGCUAAAGUUUUACAGAAUUACAAAUGAUCGUUUUUGUAUACAUCUUUUCUAUGACUGUAAAUUUUCAUUCCCUUUCUUGUAUGUAUCAUUUUUACUGUUAUAUUAUUUUUGUUCAAUAAAUACUUUGUGAUAAAAGGUG